AUGGGGAAACACAACGCCGGACGCCUUGUUGCCAUAUUGCUGUCCGUCGUGCUCUACGCUGUCGGUUUGGUGUUCAACGGUCUUUCAGUUGUGGGAGCGGGCCCCUUCAGUACCACCACGGCCAACGUGUCCAACAUCUUUGUCACGGAGAUCACCCCGUCGGGCUGGACCUUCAGUAUCUGGAGCGUCAUCUACGUGUGGUUGACGCUCAUGAUGAUCUACAUCCUGGCUAACCUUUGCCGAAGCAAUUCUUAUGGCUACGUUUACUGCAGCCCACCAGUCUUGCCCUAUGGAUUCUUCAUUUGCUGGUGUCUCAAUCUGUGCUUCAAUAUCGCCUGGCUGCUUGUUUGGGACAGAAUGUGGAUGAUUGCCGCCCUUGUUUUUCUAAUUUUGGUUGCCGGCACAAACUAUGGCACGCUCUCUUUUGCCUGCCACGGUCUUCACGUCUACGGAGCCUGGCUCAAGAAGUACCACAACGUGGACCUGUGGCUCAUCCGCAUACUGGUUCAGAACGGCGUGAUGAUCUACACAACGUGGACGACCAUCGCCACGCUCAUCAACUUGGCCAUUGUGUUGACCUAUGAAGCAAACGUUUCCCCAACAAAUGCUGCCAGCGUGUCCUAUUGUGUCUUGACAGUGGUGCUGCUUGUCUGGUUUUUCCUGCAAAACGUCGUCCUGGACGAGCACAUGCGCUACGUCCUCGUUGACUACCCAGUUGUGAUCUGGGCGCUGGCAGGAAACUUUGAUAAAAACUACAAUGCUGAAUCGCUCGGCCGUAGCGCCAUCUUUAUUGUUGUGCUGCUCGCGGCGGCCUCACUGCUGUACGCGGUCCGCCUCGUCCUCGUGUUUUGGCGCCACUGCAAGCAGCCGUUCUACAACGGCGCCGUCCCGGAGCCCGCGGAUCCCAUGGAGACUUCCCAGCGGCUAAAAUGGACGCUCAGAUGA